GCAUGGCUUUUCCACACUUAAAAAAUAAGUAGUUUUAUUCAAAGUUAUGUUAUGCAAAGCUGACUUGGUUAGUCAAAGUACUUACCAAUUCAAGUGAGUGCUCUCACCCAGACGCCAGACUUCAGACCUCAGAUUGCGCAGCAGUGUAGAAAAUACUUUAGAACGAAAAGUAUUGGCUUGACACUUCUCAGAUUAAAAACAUAACCUCAAAAUAUUUUAUCUUAUUAGAAUUCGUGAAGUAAAUAAAAUAAAAAAAUGCUUAAAAAAUAGACAGCAAAAUACAAGGAUUUACUAAAAAUGUCACAAACUCACCUCCUCAAAUGCCUAUCUAGGCUCUGUGUAAUGCGAAAUGAGACAAAAUAUUUACGUAAUAAUGUUCAAAUAUUGGUUAGAAAUAGUUCUACUAAAACUGCUAAACAGAAGACAGCAUCUUCAGUGUACCGUACUAUGAAUAUAUUUGAUCGAAAAGCGAAGGCUUUGCAGAGGGAAAGAUCUGCCAGAAGGGAGGACUAUCACUUAGCUGAGUAUAUUAAGGAAGAGAUAGGUUGGAGGACCGCUGAUCGUAUUUUGGACAUAAAGCGAGUGUUUAAAAAUGCUGUGGAACUUGGAGCGAGUCGUGGUUACGUAUCUCGCCACUUGCUACCGGACAGUGUAGAGAAGGUUACGUUGUGUGAUACUUCGCAGACACACCUGGACAAAGCUAUCAUUGGCGACGGAGUUAAGUUUGAAAAGAAAGUUAUGGAUGAAGAGAAUAUUGAUUUUCCAGAGAACAGCGUAGACCUGAUCGUGUCAUCUCUAGCUCUGCACUGGGUGAAUGACUUGCCCGGCUGCUUUGACAAAGUCAUGAAGAGUUUGAAACCUGAUGGGGUGUUCAUGGCGUGUGUUUUCGGCGGCGACACGCUGAUGGAGUUGCGUCAGGCACUGCAGCUCGCUGAGAGUGAACGAAUGGGCGGCAUAUCUCCACACGUCUCGCCCUUCACCAGAGUUAGAGAUAUCGGCGGGUUGUUAUCUGCGAGUGGAUUCACAUUGCAAACGGUGGAUGUAGACUCCAUUGUAGUGUGGUACCCCAGUAUGUGGGAGGUAAUGAGGGACGUGAGGGCCAUCGGAGAGGGAAACGCAGCCCACAACCGACCUCUGAGGAUCUCUAAGGAGGUGCAAUUCGCCGCGGCCAGCAUAUACGAUGAAAUGUAUGGAAAGGAAAUGCCAGAUAAGAAAGUACGCGGUGUUCCAGCUACAUACCAGAUUAUCAACUUCCUGGGGUGGAAGCCAGAUCCAUCCCAACCCAUACCUAAGGAAAGAGGCACUGGCCAGGUCUCCCUAAAAGACCUACACAGAAUAGAUAAAAUAAUAGACACACCAAAAGUAGUGAAAUUGACUGAAGAGGAUAUGAAAUAGUAUAGCGAUUUCAUUUAUUAUUUUACUAACUAUACGUGUGACUUCAAGUCCGCGUUGAAAAAAGUAGUCUAAGUUAGUUCCUUAGUACUUUAGCUGCCAAUAAAAGUCCCGUCAAAAUUGGUCCAGCCCUUUCAGAGGUUACCUAGUACAAACAGAUAGACAGACA